GUUGUAGUCUCUCGGGACUGAACCGCCCCUUGUGCUGCUUCCGCGGCCUAUGUUCGGAAGAAAACCUUACUGGGUGGCUCAGCUCCCUAAGGAGCGGUGCCGACCUAAAACCUUCGCCCCCGGCCGGGUGGCCAGCUCCGCCCCAUCCCGAAUCUUUCCUACAGCCCAAAAUGGCGGCGGAGGUGGAUUUUGGCGACUUAAAGCUGUUCGAGGCGUUUGACCAUCCAGAGGAGUCGCUGCCGAAGCCCGUUCACACCCGCUUCAAGGACGACGACGGCGACGAGGAGGACGAGAAUGGGGUUGGCGAUGCGGAGCUGCGGGAGCGGCUUCGGCAGUGCGAGGAAACCAUCGAGCAGCUCCGCGCCGAGAAUCAAGAACUUAGAAGAAAAUUGAACAUUCUGACUCGACCAAGUGGAAUAUUGGUGAACAACACUAAAUUAGAUGGACCUUUAUUACAGAUUCUGUUUAUGAACAAUGUGAUUUCAAAGUAUUUUCAUCAAGAAAUAGAGGAAUUUGUAUCAAAUUUAGUAAGAAGAUUUGAGGAACAGCAGAAAAAUGAUGUGGAAAAGACUUCCUUUAAUCUUUUGCCCCAGCCAUCCAGUGUUAUGCUAGAAGAGGACCAUAAAGUGGAAGAAUCCUGUGCCGUUACAAACAACAAGGAAGCUUUUAGUGUUAUAGGAAGUGUCCUGUAUUUUACUAAUUUUUGCCUUGAUAAACUGGGGCAGCCGCUACUAAAUGAAAACCCUCAGCUCACCGAAGGAUGGGAAAUACCCAAGUACCAGCAAGUCUUCAGCCACAUUGUUUCUCUAGAAGGGCAAGAAAUACAAGUAAAGGCCAAAAGGCCAAAGCCUCACUGUUUCAAUUGUGGUUCUGAAGAACAUCAAAUGAAAGAUUGCCCAAUGCCUCGGAAUGCUGCUCGAAUAAGUGAAAAGAGAAAAGAAUUCAUGGAUGCCUGUGGUGAGACAAACAAUCAGAAUUUUCAGCAGCGAUACCAUGCAGAAGAAGUGGAAGAAAGAUUUGGAAGAUUCAAGCCGGGAGUUAUUAGUGAGGAACUUCAGGAUGCACUGGGUGUGACGGACAAGAGUCUCCCACCUUUUAUAUACCGAAUGCGCCAGCUAGGGUACCCCCCGGGGUGGCUCAAAGAGGCUGAACUGGAGAAUUCAGGACUUGCACUCUACGAUGGCAAAGAUGGUGCUGAUGGGGAAACAGGAGCUGGAGAAAUACAACAGAAUCAAAGUGUCACUUAUGAUCUCUCGAAAUUGGUAAACUAUCCAGGUUUUAAUAUAUCUACUCCCAGAGGAAUUCCAGACGAAUGGAGGAUGUUUGGUUCCAUACCCAUGCAGGCCUGUCAGCAGAAGGACGUGUUUGCCAACUACCUUUCUUCUAACUUCCAAGCGCCAAGUGUGAGGUCUGGCAGCAAGAGGUCUUCGUCUCAAUCCAGCCCUACUAGUCCAAAGAAGCAGAAGGAAAGCGACUCGGCAGCCUCGUCCGCCGACAUGGAGCUCGACUCGGAUGCAGAGGUCCUGCGUGGCUCUCCGAGCGGGGGAGCUUUUCAGUUUCAGCCGCCACUGCCCCCCGGCACUCCUCCCCCACUAGCCCGGGGGACUCCUCCCCUCCCCAAGGGCACCCCACCACUGACUCCCAGUGACUCACCGCAGACCAGAACGGCAGCGGCUAUGGACGAGGACGCACUGACUCUGGAAGAACUUGAAGAACAGCAGAGGCGGAUAUGGGCGGCUCUCGAGCAGGCGGAGAGUGUCAACAGUGAUUCAGAUAUUCCUGUGGACACACCUCUAACUGGGAACUCCGUUGCCUCUUCACCUUGUCCCAAUGAGCUAGACCUCCCUGUCCCCGAGGGGAAAACCCUGGAAAAGCAGCCGCCAGAUGAGCCCGACGUACCAGACACUUGUACAAAGAAGUCCGAAGUUGAGCAUCCCUCGAGCCCAGAUUCCGGGGCCACGUUGCUCUGUCAGAAGGAAGAGGAAGAGUCUGCUCAGGUAACCUCUGGAGACGCUCUUCUGGAUAAUGGCGGCGUCGAAUCCAACUGUGACAUUAGGAACGGAAGCAGCCAGAAGCUCCUUCAUGAGGACAGCAGUCCUUCAACUCUCGCUAAAAUUCAUAGUCCUAUACCCGACAUGAGCAAGUUUGCAACUGGAAUAACGCCAUUUGAAUUUGAGAACAUGGCGGAAUCUACGGGAAUGUACCUCAGGAUAAGAAACUUGUUAAAGAACUCUCCCCGAAACCAGCAAAAAAACAAGAAGGCUUCCGAAUAACUGCUUGACAGAGCACCGAGAGCUAUUUAAUUCUAACUGUGUUCUGGUAACUAGUACUAAAUGGACAGAUGAAAUUGUCUUCCUGUUUGUCCCUCUCCUGUUUAACAAUCUGUCCGAGGCUUUUCUGUGGGCUAAAGUUAGGCCUGUUUUAAAGAAUGGAAAGACUGGGCUUGCUGGUUUAUUAUAUUCUCUCUGAUAAAAAUUUGGGGGAGAAUUAAGUCUUAGCUGGUUUAGGGAUAGUUUGUUUGUUAAGGUUUAUACUAUUUUUGGAUUGUGAGUGUCUGUCAAGAGUGAUGGUUUUUAUCUGUCUUUUGUACAUUGUUUUCCCUUUCUACAUUUUGCUAAUUAUCUGUAUAUAAGUUUAAUAUAUCACUUUUUUAAAAAAAAAAAUCUAACCAUUUUAAAUUCACAUUUCAACUCUGACAACCAAAUGAGAAAAAUCAGGGAUGAGCGGCUUUAUCCCAUUUGGGGUAUUUUUGUAAGUGAUUUACAUACAUCAAUUUUAAUAACACUUUUACUUUUUUGUAACUUCAUUCUUCAUAUAUGCUUGCCAUACAGGUAUGUUCAUCUUUGUCUACAAAGGUUUAAUAAAUUAGUUUUCAUAUAUAUAAUCUAAGACUCUGAAUAUGAAAAAGUGACUCACAGUUAAAUUAGUAUAUAAAUCCCUGUAAGUUUGGAAGUAAAUUGCAAAAUUAGUGAUAACAAAGGAAAUAUAAGAAAGUGCAGAUUUGCUUGUUUUCAGUAGAUUUCAGCCUUAAAUAUGGAAACAGCAGAAUCUUUUAAAGUGAUUAUUUUGAAAAACAAUGGAGGGCAGCUAGGUUUUGCACAAAAAUAAUUUUCUAGAUUUGAACCCUAAGAUAAUAAAAAUAGAAAGUAGACAUAAAGAACUUGCUUUUAAUUGUCAGAUCUGUAAGCUAGCGCUGAAACUAUAGAUUUUGUCUUCAUGUGGAAUGCCAGUACAUCUUUAUAGUCAAGGCCAUGAAAAUAAACAGAUGAUCUUGAACUGUUAGUCUCAGGUGGUAGUAUUAUGCUGCUCGUAGGCCAGCAGAGGGCGCAAAAUAUUACCAUUCCAGAUGUAGUUUUCAUGUUGAGAACUUGAGUAACCAAAUUUACUAUUUUAUAAGCAGUAAAAGGAAGGAAAAUUAUAUGAAAGGGAGAAUUUUAUUUUCAAGGCCCUCACAGAACAUGGUAGAAAUUGAGUAAAAUGUCAUAUACUUUUGGCUUUUUUUCUCUGAGGUGAAGUAGAUAAUAAAAGUAAUCCUUUGCAGAUUACAUAGUGCUUUUAUAUACAUUCUCUUCCUCAAUAUUUAUAUCGGAUAAAUAUGUUGCCGCCGUGUCAUGUAUGUAGCAUAAGGCAACUUUGUUGGGAUAGAGAGAUUAAAGGGACUUCGUGGCGUUCAAGCAGUGAUCAUGGAAAGGCCAGUCUUCAGCUAAAGACUUGCCUAUUCCCUAAAUCAUAGAAGUGGUUGCUUACGCGUAGCUUCCCCUUUAAGUAUUGCAUUAGUAGAGUCUUCUUUGAAUCCCAAAGAUACCUAACAGUUCUCUCCUUAGCAGAUGCCACACACAUCACGUUAAGGUAUUUUUGUGCAUGACCCCAUUUUCACAAGCACCAUAUUAGCUAGGUUUGGUUAACUUCCACUUUUUAGAGGACAUGCCUAAGACACACAGCUGGUAAGUAACCUAGUGAAUCCAAAUCCAGAUCUGUCGGACCCCCACAUCUGUGCUCUUAGUCACUGUCCUGCCUUGCUGUCAACAGCUCUAUAAAAAUCGCUGGUUUCUUCAAAAAUCUGGCUCCUACUUCUUGGUUUAUUCAAUUACAAAUGGAGGGCACAACUUGUGUUAAGUUGUUCUAUGUGCUUUGGGGCAUUAAAAGGAGACGAUGAUAGAAUGUGCUUUGGGGAGCUUAUACACUAGUGGGAAAAGGGACGGUUCUUAGUUACAAGAUUCACUAAGUGGACAUGUAGGGAGGGCAAGGUACCUGGGUUAUUUGGUAGUGAUGGGAGAAGCACCUAGGGAGGACUGGCUUCAAAUUCACAGGGCCACAGGUUUAAGUGUUCAAUUUGGAGGAUAUUUGAAGACUUCUGGAAAGAGAGAACUUUUGAGUGAAUCCUUAAAGGGUAGGUAGGAGGAUUUCCACAGAUAACAAUGAGCAUUGAAAUGUAUAGGAAAUAGCGUAGAACUAGCAGAAACAUUCAAGAAAUGCAGGAUGGCAGAAAACAAAGACUUAAAAGGGUUGUUUAUUCACUGGUGCUGAGAACACUUGAUUGCUUUGCUAUGGAGUUUGGAUUUUAUUAAGAAAAAGGAUCUGCUAAAGAUCUUGCAGCGCACCUCACUAAAAAUAUCCAGGGGGUGUUUUAGGAAGAGAAAUCCUGAAAGCAGAAUUCAGAAUAAACUGGAGAGGAGAUUUUUCACAGAAGGAAACCCAGAAAAAUGGGAAGUAGUUGCUUUAAGAAGGUGCCCCGUUUUUAAAAUGUAUUCUGGUUGCUGUACUUGAGUCUUAUGAAGAGAGUGUUGGGUGGAGGAACAAACUAUUGUUUGGACUUGUCCUUGCUGGGACAGGUCUCCAGGUGUGGGUAGGUGAGGUCAUAAGCAAACCCUGGUCCUUCAGGAUGGACUUGGAGCAGGGUGGGGACCGGUUUCUAAUCUUUGCCUUGGGUUAAAAGGAAUGUGAUUGUAAUAUACAGGUUGCUAAAACAAAGCCAGCUCUUUGUCAUAUCCUGGAACAGGUAAGUGGAAAGACAGCACUGUCCUUACUAAAAUACCAAACGACCGAUUUCUUUUUCCAAAAGGUUGCAUUUUCCUUAAGGGGUCAAAAGUGUGGUCUACUUUCUACCAACAAGAGGGUUCCUGCCAGUUGGUUCUAUUCUUCCAAGUUCUCUGCUGGAAUCAUUUUGCCCUUCUGUCUCACCCUUCAAUUAUCCGCAGGCAAAACCUACAAGGAUGUUGUAACAGUUGUGGAUACCCAAGUGGCUUAUAAGGCAUGACUCAGUUCCCAAACACCCAUCUCCACACAACCUGUGUUUCUCUUUAGCAUUUAGGAAAAUUCUUUUUCCUUCAACUUAAUAUAUGUUUGACUGAAUGGUAUAAAUUCACUUUUGAAUGUUUAGGAUUAAGUUAUGAAAGUGUUUAUAAAUAGUUCUUAAUUACAGAGCCAUUACUGUAUUCUUAAUAAAUUAGAAAUCUCUGCACAAGCAUGCUUUCUACAUCACCAGCAAUCUAGCUAGAAUGUUUCUAUUGGAAUAUUGAAGUAGAGGGGGAAAGAGUGACAGCUGUCUUCUUUAAAAAAAAAAAAAAGGUAUUUUUUUGGGUCUCCGAAAGAAAUAAUUGCACUGGGGGCUGGGUGGAAUAAGGAUAUAAGAUUAGAUUAAACUGAAACCACUCUUUCCUUAUCAGAGUGUUGCAGAGCAUGUCUUUGUCAUCCACACUUGGAUUUUGAAUUUGUGGAUGUUAUAAUUUAGAAAACAGCCUCGUAAAAUUCACAUCCCCAUACCCUUCUAUUAAUUGAUGUUAAAUAUCUAUGCAUUAGAUCCCACUUCUAGUCCAUUGUCGUUUGCAAUUAAAUUAUACUUUUUCAUAAUCAUAUGAAGAGUAAGAUACUUGAUUUUUCUUUGUUUAAAAUAUUUACUGUUUAAAUUGUAAACAGAAGGAAUAACAAAGCCAUACAUUUGAAGGAGAAUAAUCCAUAGAGAAGCCCACACCAUUUUUCUUCAUGUGUAAUUGAAAUUUAUUUUUCCCACCAGGCCAUUUUCUAAACCCAAAAUGGUUUUGUUUUUCUUUCCCAAGAUGGAAAUUCUUGAUUUUGUUGCUGAGUAUAAAUGUAAUACAUAUUUAUUUUAUAAAUACAAACAAAAUAAAAUAGCAUAAAGUAAAAAAGUCCUUUAGAUAUAUCCUCACAACUUUCAUUUCCCACUGUUCAUUGUUCACAGUUGGGUAGAGCUUUGUCCUGAGCAAAUACAUGUAACUAAGAAUUUGUUUUCAUGUUUUGUAUACGUAAGAGUGUGUUUUAACAAAAGUGAGAUUAUGCUAUACUUUCCUUGUCAGUAUUUGAAAUCUAUUAUUCUUAAUAGCUGCACAGUAGCAUACAAUAUUUUAUUUAAUAUUGUUCACAAUAUUUUGUUAAUGCUACAGUGAACAUUUUAAAAGGUAAAUCGUUGAAUAUUUGUGGAAAUAUGUGUAUAGGAUGCAUUCCUAGAUUACCAGAUUGAAUACUUUAUUGGCAACUUCUAUUUCUUCUAUGAAUUGUCUUUAUAUCCUUUGCUCAUUGUUCUAUUGGUUCACUUAAUGAUAUACAGGAACUCAUUAUUAAAAAUACAU